UAAACAUCAAAAGGACCUUGCAAAGAGUGUCAGAUACAACAUUUUUGACUAACUACAUUCAUUUGUGAGAUGACUGGAGCAUACUGUGAUUUUAUUUACUCGUGUCUCAGUUGGCACAUUAAGCUUAUUGUAGAUUAUUAAACCUAUUAGUCUACUUAGAACUAUCUUCUAUGGGGUGUCGUUUGAGCGUUUAAAUUAGUCACUGCUUAUCAGCCACUGUCACUUCCUAGUCCCCUCCACUCUCAUGGGUGCAUCUCAUUUUAUAGUGAACACUAAUAUUAAGCUAUAAAAAGGGGCACGGUCAGCCUCACUCUUUAUCGCGAGUUAAACUUUGAUUGAAGACAAAUACAAUGAUGAGAAAAGUAGUUCGGGCUCUCUACAAAAGAAAGUAGCCAACGCAGGUUGUCCCUCAGACAUCCUCAAAGCAGCCAAAAAAUAGGCGGUGCGGUGCUGGGGCUGGUGUUUUUUUCUCCUGUCAAAGGAAAACGGAAUGACCACUGGGAUUGGCAUUUUCACAAAAGAAUAAUCUACACGGGUUAGCUGGGACGUAUUUUGUUCUUUAAAAUGCUUUAAUUUGCUAAGUGGCCGAGUAUGGGUGAGACAAAGGGCUCUACCCAUCGACAGCUAUUCUGGGGCACCGCAUAGCACGGGAGUGUUGGAAACGACCCGCGCUCUGGACAAUAUCUUUUUUCACAUAUCCAGGGACAAAUAUGGUGCGCCUUUUAAUUUAUUUUCCUACUGUUUGGACAUCCAGAAAACUGCCUGACAGUUGUAGGUGACACGAAGAAAUGUAUUUGUAUGAUUGUGGGCUGAAUAAGUGGCGCGCGCCUGUCUCGCACGAGCGCAGGUGGAUCCAAUAAAGAGGCGUUGUAGUAGCCUAGCUAAACGAGGUGAAAACGUCAAAACUAGUCGAUAUUUUCAGCAUAAUAUAGUAAUAAGUCACUUUUUAUGGUUUGUGAGGAUUAUUCUUCUCGCGUUCCAUUUCCAAAUGUAAAUAGGCAUGUGUGGAAAACCGCUAGUCUUUUGAGGGGCAACGCUUUAAUGGGAGGAUUUUUCUCUGGACUACUACAGUUAAUCAAUUUAAACAUCACUUUCACUGGAACCCAUUGACGCGUGGAUAUUCAUCGUCUUAUCAAUUCCCUUCGAGCAGAAGAAUGCCCGAGGACCUCUCCGCGGCCAAAGCCCUCUACAUGGGCAUGGAGGUGGUGAUCGCCGUGUCAUCCGUGAUAGGAAACGUGAUGGUGGUUUGGGCAGUAAAAAUUAAUAAAUCCCUGAGAGAUACUACAUUUUGCUUCAUUGUUUCUCUGGCGCUCGCGGACAUUGCAGUAGGAGCGCUGGUCAUACCACUAGCGAUAACUAUAAGUAUCGGACUCCAGACUCACUUCUACAGCUGUCUGCUGGUGGCGUGCACGGUGCUGGUUCUGACCCAAAGUUCUAUCCUUGCAUUGCUCGCUAUAGCCAUCGACCGAUACCUGAGGGUCAAGAUCCCAACCAGUUAUAAACGAGUGGUCACUCCCAAACGAGCUGGAAUUGCAGUAUUCAUGUGUUGGACGGUGGCCUUCAUAGUCGGCUUGACUCCCAUGCUGGGCUGGAACAAUUUACACAACCUGCAACGUAACAACGGCUCAAUCGGCCCUAACCUCAUCGUCACCUGCCAGUUUGAAAACGUCAUCAGCAUGGAGUAUAUGGUCUACUUCAACUUCUUUGGUUGGGUGCUUCCCCCGCUUCUUUUCAUGCUCAUCAUUUACUCUGAAAUCUUCUACAUGAUCCACAAACAGCUGAAUAAGAAGGUGUCCAACCACUCUGAACCGAACAAGUAUUACGACAAAGAACUGAAGCUGGCGAAGUCACUGGCACUAGUCCUUUUCCUAUUCGCUGUUAGCUGGCUUCCUCUCCACAUUAUGAACUGCAUCACGCUCUUCUGUCCGAGGUAUGAGAAGCCCAUGUUCCUCAUUUAUAUUGCCAUUCUGCUCACCCAUGGCAACUCUGCCGUCAACCCCAUCGUUUAUGCUUUCCGCAUCAAGAAAUUUCGUACUGCGUUCCAGAGGAUCUGGAAGCAGUACUUGUGCUGCAAGGAGGCUCCUCCCCCUGAGAGCCAGCAGAGCGAGAGACUGGAUAACAACCACUAUAUCGCUGCGGCUGCUGUACCUCCAGAACCAGCUUUGGAACAGAACGUCUGACUGACAUCCCAGCAUCCUCUAAGGAGGUCAAACACCUUCUGCUGGAUGGACGGCCAAAGCUGUCAAGCCUUGGUUUGUCCCUUUUGAAUGUAAAUCAGAGCUCACUACAGACUAUUCUGGCUGAAAUGUCCAUUUAUUGGAAUGAGACAGCAUUGCUCAAAAAGCAGUCAAAUAAUUUUAAUGAGAAAACUCACCACAGGAAAUCUUGCUUUAUGAAGAAGCCCUGAAGGAUGUUUUUAUCUACAAUGAGUUUGACAGUGCAUAUCAUUCAUUUAAAUGAGAAAAAUUCUGAAAUAUUUGCUCAAAUAAUGAAUCAAAGAUUGCACACAAUUGUUUUUUGUGAAGUUCUGUCAUUAAUAUAGUUAAUAUGGAAACAUCUAAUCACCAGUUACUGGUUCUAUAUGAAUGUAUGCAGAACCAACAUCAGAGCACCAUACACUCUCAGGUUCUUGGAUAUUCUGCUUGUAUUCUGAACCUUUGUGCACAAUGACAGGAAGAGGAUGUCAGAAACAGUGACAAGGUGAUGGACACAGGUUUUACUUGUCCUAUUACGGAGCGUCUGAGAACUGGUCUUUAAUUAUGAAGGACAAAAGUAUGUAUUGCAGGCAGCUGAUACUGCAUUUUACUAACAGCUGCAGUGAGGUUAUCUUGCCUUUUAGCAAAUUUGUGCGUGUAUGUGUACGAUUGUGCGCAUGUCAUAACAAAAUUAGAAUUGGUUGAGGAAAUGAAGAUGCACUGAAGUCCUAUUUAUUCUUUUUUGCUAUGACCGGAAAACAAAAGUGGAACUGUCAGUAGCUAAGACUAAAUCUAAACUAUUUGAACAUUCAGGGUUAAUAAAUGAUCAAAUCCAACAGUGUAUUACCUUUCAGUAUUUCGCUAUACUUUUUCCAAAAUCAUAGUUAUCAAUUUUUAAAACAAAAGGGCGCAUAAAGGAUUGGAAUGAGUGUGUUACACUACAAGGAAAACCUACUGAACUAUUUUGGUUUGUCUUAAAGGGAUAGAUCACCCAAAAACAAAACAAAAAUCUGUCAUCAUUUACACACAUUUAUGUUAUUUCAAACCCAUAUGACUUUUUUUUUCUCCUGUAUAACACAGAGGGGGAUUUUCAGCAGAAUAUUCACACUUCUCUGAAAAUACAAUAAUAAACUAUUUUAUAGAGUUUUCAUUUUUGAGUCAACUAUUCCUUUAACCCUCUAUGGGGCUAAUUAUGAAAAAAACUUUAUAUUUUACAUUUAUUUAAGACUAAAAUCAUUUUCCAGAAUUAGUAUUAUAAAUCUGAAUUUGACCUUUUUAGGGUGUUGCUGUCAUUUACUGACUUUUUUUUUUUUUUUUUACAUUGAAAAUUAUUUUCAGCAAAUUGUCUGAAACUUCACACUCCUUCAAAUGCAUUUUCACUAUUUGAAAAGUAGUGAAACGGUCUUAGUGUUUCAAAAAACAUUUGUUAGUAACAUUACAUUUCAUCUUAUGCUACUAUUUUAUUUGGAACUUACAUGUAAAAAUGCAAAAACUUGCAACAAAUUCAAAUGCAAUUUCACUGCCUGGAAAGUCAAGAAACCAUGUCUUAAAAAGUCUUUAAAAUGUUAGUUAAAAAAAAAAAAAGAAAUGAAAAUUUUAUAAUUUAUUCACCCUUAUGUUGUUUAAAAAAUGUGAAGUGACAUGUGGCCAAGUAUGGUGUCUUAUACUCAGAAUUUGUGCUCUGCAUUUUACCCAUCCAAGUGCACACACAGAGCUGCUACAAGGGCACCUCAGUUGUGGGUAAUGAGAGGAAGAGAGCACUGUACAUUCACUUCCCCCACCUACGUUUCCUGCCGGUACUGUGACUCGGACAUGCGCCCUUCAGGUUACAAGUCUGACUCUCUAGGCCACAACUGCCCCAACUGUUCCAAAGCUGUAUGAGUUUCUUUCUUCCGUUGAGCUAAAAAGAUAUUUUUGCAGAAUGUUGGUAACCAGA